UUGUGUUUCAGAUGGUGAGAGCAUUGCCUUGAUCCCCCCUUUUUGAGUGAAGUUUUCUACAGAGCCAGCAUAAAGAUGACAAGGAGUCGCUGGAGGGAGUCAAUAAAGUCCUUGGGAAGUCAUAUUGAUCCUGAGAAAGAAGAACAACUGAGGAAGACUAAAAUAGAAAUUGACAAUAAAGUAGCAAGGAUUAUGAAGCUUAUAAAGAACAAGAAUCAAGGCAAAAAAGACGGGAACCCUGCAAAAAACUCGGAGCUUGUUGAGCUCAUUGAGGAUUUCCACAAACAGUACCAAGAACUAUAUGCACUUUAUGGUAAUCUCAGAGAUGAUGUAAGAGAAAAAGUUCAAAGCAAAGAGCACAAGGAGGGGUCUUCUUCUACCUCUAGCUCAGACACAGAAUCAUACCAUUCCUUGGAUGAAGCAAGCAGUAGAAGCAGGCCAAGAACCGAUCUUUCUCAAAGGGCGAGAGAUGGCUUUAAGCUCAAACUGGAAACUUCAAGUUCAGAAAUUACUGAUCUGAGGAAUAAAUUGACUGCUAUGAUCAAAGAAAAGGAAGAUUUACAUUCAGAGCAUAUGGCAACUCUAAGCAAAAUACAUGAAUCAAAGAAAAUCAUUGAGGGUUUAAGGACUGAAACUGACCGGACAGAGCGCACAAAACAGAAACUCCUAAACGAAUGUACCCAAUUAAAGGAGAAAUUGGAUGAAAAAGAGAAGGAAUUGUUUUCUCUCAGCAGACUUCAUGAGAGCACAGUACCAACUCAAAUAAAGGUAUUAGAGCGCGAGGUUUCCAGCUUGAAACUUGAGCUCAAAAAGUUGGGAACCCAAAAAACAGUACUUGAACAGCAAAUUGGAGGUCGAGAAACAAAUUCCAAACACUUAAUAGAGGAAAAUUUAGGAUUGCGAGCACGCAUAUUACAACUUGAAAGGAAGUCCCUAGAGAGAGAAGAUGAACUUUCUUCUCUUUCGAGGAAACUUGAAGAAAAUGAGAGCAAGUCAAUGUCUAAAACUGAGGAACUGAUGGCAAAUGCGAACAAUUUGCAAUUGGAGAUAAAUACUUUGCGGACUCAGAAAUGUGAUUUGGAAGAACAAGUGGUGUUCAAGAGUAAUGAAGCAACCUCGCAAGUUAAAGGCGUAAUGGAUCAAGUGAAUGUUUUGCAACAGGAGCUGCAUUCUCUAAGCAGUCAGAAAAGUGAAUCAGAAACGUGUCUCAAGAAAGUAACUAAAGAGAUAUCGGAUUUUCUCACCCAGAUAGAAAAUUUGAAAGAGAAACUAGAAAUCAAUACCAUAGAUUUAGAAAAAAUGAUAGAAGAGAAAGAGGGUUUAGAAAUGCAGCUGAAGGACCUGGAACUUGAAGUGGGUUCUCUUUGCCUCCAGAAAACUGAUUUGGAAGAGCAAAUGCAAAGUAAAAAUCAUGAGGCUGAUCAGAUGAGAGAAGAGAAAGAAGAGUUGAAUGUUAAAAUCUCUCAGUUGGAGAAAUCAUUGAUGGGAAGGGAUACUGAGCUCUCCACUCUCAAAACGAAGUUUGAAGCUUUAGAUAAUGAUUCAUUUACUCAGAUUAAGGCCUCAGGAGCAGAGGUAAACAAUCUGCAGAAUGAGUUGCGUUCAUUGCACACUGAGAAAAUCCAAUUGGGAUCACGGAUUGAGAGAGAGAAACAAGAGUCAUUGGAGCGGUUGACUUGGAUUGAAGAACAAAACAUUGAAUUGACAAGAAAGAUUGCAGAAUAUCAGACAACUAUAAAAGGCCAAGACGAUGUUAUCAAGAAGUUAAACGACGAGCAUAAACAAGUUAAAGCUGAGUAUUCGGAAUCAAAGUUGAAUUUCCAAAUAGCAGAGAAAAAAAUUGAAGAAACUGCGGAAGAGUUCAAAAAGAAAUUCGAAGAUAGUCUACGUAUCUUGAGCAGGAGGAUCCGCGUUGCAGAACAAUUACAUGUUGAGAACAAAGAUGUUUAUGGAAAAACAAAAGAGAAGUACGAGCAAGAACACAUGGACCUAAAAGAAAGGGUGGCAUCUACUGAAAUUGCAAUGAAGAGGAUGAAGGAUAUUUCACUGACAGCUAACGACAUGUUGACUGGAUUGGACACAGCAGCGCUGAAAUUCGAGGAGUGUAGUGGGAACUUUUUGAAUCGGAUUUCAAAGUCCUCGUGUGAGGUAUUGUUUGCAAAGGAUUGGGUGAGGAGGAAAAACAACGCGAUAAAGCACGUCCAAGAAGACUUGGAUUGCCUGCUCGUGCAAUUGGAUACAAAGGAAGUGGAGAUACUGGGAUUCAGAGAAAAGGUUUGGAAAUUGGAGCAUAAAGUGAGAGAGCUCGAGAAGAUGGUGAAAGAGAAAGAAGAAGGAAUGUUGGGUUUGGGAGAAGAGAAAAGGGAGGCUAUAAGGCAGCUAUGUGUUUGGAUUGAUUAUCACCGAAGUCGUGGCGAUUAUUUAAAGAAAACUCUAUCUGAGAUGACUGAUUUUAGAAGCCAGAGGACACCUAUGAGGAAGCAUCAGCUGAGGGAAUCGAUUAAGUCCUUUUUUGGAAGUCACGUUGAUCCUGAAAAAGAUGAAGAGCUGAAAGGAACUAAAACAGAGAUUGAGGACAAAGUUCAGAAGAUCUUGAACCUUAUCAAAGAAGAAGAUGAUGAAAAAGGUGGGAAUACAGUGGGAAAAUCGAAGAAAGAGCCACUUGUUGAAUUAAUUGAGGAUUUCCACAAACAUUACCAAUCACUCUAUGCUCGAUAUGAUCAUCUAACAGGAGAGCUAAGGGAAAAAGUUCAUGGAAAACAAGAAAAGGAUACUUUUUCUUCCUCCGGCUCAGACUCUGAUUCAGAUUAUUCUUCUAAGGAAAAGGGCAGUAAAAAUGGAAAAUUACAAAAUGAGUUUCAGAAGGUGACAGAUGACAUUAAGCAAGAACUACAAAGUGCACAUCUAGAAGUGGCUGACUUGAAGAGGAAGUUGACAGAAACUACAGAAGAGAAGGAAGCUUUACAUUUGGAAUAUCAGACGGCUUUGAACAAAAUCCAAGAAGCGGAGAAGAUGAUCAGUGAUUUAAAGAUGGAAGCUGAAAUGUUGAAUGGUGAGAAUUCAAAGCUUUUACUUGAGAUUAGGGACCUGAAUCAAAGACUGGACGGUGCUAGUAUGCUAGAAGCUGAAUUGAAUCAGAAAUUGGAGGACAUAACAAGAGAGAGAACUGAUCUAUUGGUAGAAAAAGAGACCGCAUUGCACAGGAUUAAAGAGGGAGAGAAAAUUACUGAAGAAUUGAAAGUCGUGACAAAUCAGUCAAAUGAUGAGAAAAAAACACUGCAGCUAGAACUUGAAGAUCUUAAAGGCAUACUCUGUACAACAAAGGAUCAGCUGGAGUGUUCAGAACAGGAAGUAGCAAAUUUAAUCCAGGCACAGAAAGCUACCGAAGAACAAAAUAGGUCUCUAUCCUCUAAAAUUUUAGAGCUCUCAACUGAGAUUAAUGGGGCACAAGACAAAAUACAAGAACUUGUCACCAAAUCUAGCCAGCUGAGGGAGAAAUUGGGUGAGAGAGAAAAGGAACUUGCGAGUCGCACCAAGAUGCAUGAGACCCAUAAGAGUGAAACAUCAGCUCGAAUGAGGGGUUUAGAACUUGAGCUGGAUUCUCUGCAUACCCAGAAAGGAGAGAUUGAAAAACAGAAAGCUGAUGAGCUUUCCAGUCUUCUGAAGAAACUUGAGGAGAAGGAGAAAGAUUCGUUGUCUCAAAUUGAGGAUAUGACGACAUGGAUUAACAAUCUGCAACUGGUACUGGAGGUGGAAACCUUACAGACCCAAAAAAGCAAAUUGGAAGAACAAUUGGUAUGUGAUAGCAAUGAAGCAUCGGGUCAAGUCAAGGGCCUACUGGACAAGGUCAAUGAAAAGCAACAGGAACUAGAGACCCUAAAUAGCCAGAAAAUUGAAUUUGAAUCUCAACUGGAGAAGAAAAUUCUAGAAAUGUCAGAAUACAUUGUUCGGAUAGGAACUCUGGAAGAGGAGUCAGAAAAAAAUAUUGCAGAUCAACGGAAGAUGAUCGAAGAGAAAGAGGGUCUUAUGGUACAGGUGAAGGACCUGGAACGGGAGCUGGACUCUCUACAGAACCAGAAUAGUGAUUUGGAAGAGCAACUAAGAAGUAAAAACCAAGAGACUGAUCAGAUGCUAGCAGAAAAGGAGAGGCUGCAAGAUCGAAUUUCUGAAUUGGAGAACGAACUCUCUGCUCUACAAAAAAAAUCCAAAGAUGGAGAGGAUGAAGCAUCGGCUCAAAUUACAACUUUAACAGCACAAGUCAAUGAUCUGAAGAUGGAGGUGGAUUCUUUGCAUGCACAGAAAGCCGAAUCAGAGUCACAUAUUGAGAACAAGGCUCAAGAAAUAACACAGUUCCUUGUUCAGAUAGAAAAUCUGAAAGAGGAAUUAGCAAGCAAGGCCAUGGAUGGACAGAGAAUGAUGGAAGAGAGACAAAGUCUAACAAUGCAGGUGAAGGAUCUAGAAGAGCAGAUGGAAAAUAAAAACCAAGACAUUGAUCACUUGAGACAAGAAAAGGAGGGUCUGCAGGAGAAAAUUUCCGAGUUGGAGAAGACAUUAGUUGAGCAAGAAGAGUCGUCAUUUACUCUCCAGAAGCAAGUUGAGGAUGUCGGGAAUGAAGCGUCUGCUCAGAUUAUGGCCUUAACAACGCAGGUUAACAAUCUGCAACAGGAGUUGGAUUCCAUUCACUCUGCGAAAAGCCAAUUGGUGUUGCAGAUUGAGAGAUGUAAACAAGAAUCUUCAGAAAGCUUGACUCAAGUGGAGAAUCAGAAUUCCGAGCUAGCAAACAAGGUUGCGGAUCAGCAAAGAAUGCUAAAAGAACAGGAGGAUGCUUUCAAUGAAUUAAGAGAAGAGCACAAACGACUCGAAGUUUUGUUUCAAGAAUGCAAGGCAAACCUCGAAGUUGCUGAAAGGAAGAUUGAAGAAAUGGAAGAAGAGUUGCAAAAGAGUAUUGACUCGAAAGAUAGGAAAGUCGAUGAAUUGGAAGAAACAAUCGAAGACUUGAAAAGAGAUCUGGAAAUGAAAGGAGAUGAAGUGAGCACGCUGAUCGAGAAUGUCAGCACGAUUGAAGUUAAGCUCCGGUUAUCGAACCAAAAACUUCGAGUAACCGAACAGUUACUGACGGAGAACGAAGAGAGCCACAGGAAGAAAGAAGAGAAGUUUCAGCAAGAGCAAAGGUUGCUCGAAGAAAGGAUUGCUAGGUUGUCUGGAGCAAUUGCAACUUACAAGGAAGCUCAAGUCAAGAUUAUUAAAGUCAUCUCAGAGAAAGUCAACAACACCAUGACCGGACUGGACACAGUAAUGCUCAAGUUUGAGGAAGACUACGGGCACUUUGAGAGCCGUGUUUAUGAAAUCCUAAACGAGCUUCAAGUUGCAAAGAAUUGGGUCAAUGAGACAAAUACCGAGAAACAACAACUAAAGGAUGAGCUCAGCGUCCUGAUCGAGCAACUGCAAGAUAAGAAAGAAAAGGAAUUGGUCUUGAGAGAAAGGAUCAGAGAAUUGGAAGCAAAGUUGCACAACACUGAGGAUGAGAAGCAGAAUUUGAUCAAAAAUUUUAAAAUGCUUGAAGAGAAAAUUGGGGAAUUGGAGAAGACGAUGAGUGAAAAGGAUGAGGGGAUAUUGGGGCUCGGGGAAGAGAAGAGGGAGGCUAUAAGACAACUGUGUAUAUGGAUCGAUUAUCACCGGAGUCGAUGCGAAGAUCUCAAGGAAAUGCUCUCAAAGGUAUUAUCUGGUAGAAGGCCAAUAGCAACUUGAGAGUGUUCUAAUUUUUUAUUUUUAUUUUUUAUUUUUGCAUUUAUGUCUAUUAUUAUGAUUUUUGUAGUUGAUUGUGAUAUUUGAUUGGUUUAUUUUGACAAUAUCAUUUGUUGGUAGAACUUUUACAAGUUUAGAUUUUGUAUAGGAAAUUAGUUCUGUUUUUGUGUACUGUUUUCGUCAUCAAUUAUGUCUAAAAGUUUAGACUGUAUUCAUCACUGUUCUUAAAUUUUUUUAAAAUUAUGUAAA